CCCACUCCACUCCCUCUGCAGCAGCUCGUACGCUCUCCAGUAAACACAAGGCGACGGUUGCUCCCUGUCACCGUUAAAUAUAUACGUUAUUCGCCUCAUCUAUGGAUAACGCCGAAGAAAAGGUAGCCAUGAGAGAUUCAAAAAGACGAGAGCGUCAAUCAGGUUCAAGCAGGUAUGAUUUACGUGAUGUUGAAGCCUUGGAGGAUUCGGACAAUGACAUCGGCUUGUGUGGCUGGCUGUUGGUGGCCCUCUCCAUCCUUCUCAUGCUGCUCACUCUGCCCAUCUCUGUAUGGAUGUGCAUUAAGAUUGUGAAGGAGUACGAGCGAGCCAUUAUCUUUCGCCUGGGGCGGAUUUUGCGAGGAGGAGCCAAAGGCCCAGGGCUGUUCUUCAUCUUGCCGUGCACUGACAGCUUCAUUAAUGUGGACAUGCGCACCAUCACCUUCGACAUCCCACCACAAGAGGUUCUGACCAAAGACUCUGUGACAGUGAGUGUGGACGGUGUGGUGUACUACCGGGUGCAGAAUGCUACCCUGGCGGUGGCUAACAUCACUAAUGCGGAUGCUGCCACCCGGCUGUUGGCCCAGACCACCCUGAGGAACGUCCUGGGCACCAAGAGUCUGGCUCAGAUCCUGUCAGACCGGGAAGAAAUCGCUCACAGCAUGCAGUCCACUCUGGAUGAUGCUACAGACGACUGGGGGAUCAAGGUGGAGCGGGUGGAGAUCAAAGACGUUAAGCUGCCCGUCCAGCUGCAGAGAGCGAUGGCUGCUGAAGCCGAGGCCACCCGGGAGGCCAGAGCCAAGGUGAUCGCGGCGGAGGGAGAGAUGAACGCGUCGCGGGCCCUGAAGGAGGCCUCCCUGGUGAUCGCAGAGUCUCCGUCAGGCCUGCAGCUGCGCUACCUUCAGACCCUCAGCACCAUCGCCGCCGAGAAGAACUCCACCAUCAUCUUCCCGCUGCCUAUGGAGAUGAUGCAGGCCUUCAUGAAACGUUGAGGCAGAGUCGUGAAACACACACACACACACACACACACACACACACACACACACACACACACACACACACACACACACACACUUACUUACAAUAACACACCUUUAGGACCUGUGUCUAUUAAGUGCUCUGAUGACGCGUUUGCAUUUUAACACCUCUAGAACAAAACUGACCACAUGUAUGAUCUAUGCCUGUGAGAGGCAAACUUUAUUAAAAGAAAGAUAUGUGGCCUUACAAACACACACGAUGGAUCCAUGGUGCAAUGACGUCAUCUAAAUGGAUUCAGAAAAUAGAAAUCGGCCAGAGUAGCAUUCAAAAAUUCACACAGAAAUUCACAUACUGUACCAUUUCAUCUCUGUGACAGCAGGCCAGCACCAAUACCUUUUUUUAAUUCCAACAGAUAUUAAAAACUCUCACAAAUCGCACCCUGUAAUAACAUUUAACGGCUGUCCCCACCAUGCAGCAGGGUGUCAGAGCGUAAACCCUGAAACAAGCUUUAUUUAUAUUUAAGAUUGGUGCGACCUCCUAGCAGAUUGGGAGAUGUAAAAAAACACUUUUACCCUCAUUAUAAGGGACAUUAUAAUCCUUAAAAACCUUCUAAAAAAGCUCUUGCUGAAAAUGUGCUUAAUUCUUCUGUAGUGUGGACUGUGCGUUAAACAUAAAAACACCUUUUCUCCAUGAGCCAGUACUUAAGUAUUGUAUUGGUUGAGAGACUUACAGUCAGGCAGGAUGUUACCAAUGUUUACAGUAUUUGUACUAUUCAUACCAAGUAUAUGUUAUGUUUAGAUGGGUGGGCAAAACAUUUGAAACAUCAUACUUUAGCAUACAACCUCAUUAGCUACACCUAAGCGCUACCGUUCAAUAACACUUUUUCUCUGCAAAUUAUUCAGCCAAAAGCCUUAAAUCACUGCCAUGGAUCAUUUUACAGCCCGAUGACACAUUUCUAUGCACCUUCAAAUGAAAUCAGCUGAAGCAUUUUAAACAAUAUUUUAUCACAUAUGCUCUUUCUAAGUGUUAACAAGCCAAAUAGUUCCAUGUUAUUUGUAUUUUAUCUUUCUUCAAACUAACAUGUGGUUGUUAUGUUUUCCUCCUUUUGACAUAAAGGGCAGACGUGUUGGUAAAUGUUCGUAGUGUAUGUCUGUUAGUAUACUAUGUGUUUAUAUAUAUACACAAUAAAUAUAAUUGCGUUCCGACGCGGUUUCAGGUUUGUCACGGCCAAAUCUCGGCUUGAAUUUGACUUUUUUAAUUUAUGUUUAUGUGUAAUAAAAAGACUAUAAGGGAGAAUUUGUGCUACGGCUACAUAGCAAAUGAUGUUUGAUAACCUUUGUUUGUUCCAGGACAAAGAGAAAUAGUCUCUUGUAGUUUUGCUUACACUUCAGGAAAACCCUUCUCAUUGAAGUAUUACUUACAUUGCUGUCUUCUAAAACAUGUUACACACAUCAGUAUUAUUUUCUAACGUUUUAUUCAGCAUUUAUGGUGUUCAGUUUUAGCAGCUAACCAGUUUUACUUUGUACAGUUUGCUCUAGUUUUAUCCUGAAAUAAAGCAUUAUCAAACAGCA